AUGGGAAAAGGUGGAGUUGAAGAUGUGAUUGAAGUAGAUGAUGAAUCCAAAGAAGAAUGUCCAGUAGAGUCUGGGAAGCUGGAUGGUUCUGAUGAUGCUUCAGAAAUAGGGAAAGAAAAGGAAAAAGAAUUAACAAUAAAUGUGCCUUUAGUGGAGGCACUUGAACAAAUCCCAGGAUAUGCUAAAUUUAUGAAGGAUCUGGUGACGAGGGCAAAGAAGGCCGACCCUGGAGCAUUCUCUAGUCCAUGUACAAUUGGGUCUCUCAAUUUUCCUAAGGCCCUAUGUAAUCUAGAGAAGAGCAUAAAUCUAAUGCUGCUAGCCGUGUAUAUAAUGCUAGGUUUGGGGGAUCCUACCCCGAAAAAUAUAUUGUUGGUGAUGGCAGAUAGGUCUAUAAAACGGCCAGUAGGAAUAUUACAUGAUGUAUUGGUAAAGGUGUCCGACAUUAUACUUUCUGCUAAUUUUGUAGUCCUAGACUGUGAGGUGGACUUUGAAGUACCCAUCAUUUUAGGUAGACCAUUCCUUACAACUGGGAGAGUGGUGCUGGAUAUAGAUCUAAAUGAGCUGAAGUUUAGGUUCAAUGACAAAGAAGCAAAUUUCAAAAUGCACUCAUCCAUCACACAACAAAAGGAGAUGAGUGUUUUCUCAAUUAUGGAUAUGUUUUAUGAAGAUGGGAAAGAGGUAGCAGCAUGGUGUCUUGACGAAGUCUGA